CUUUUAUUUUGUUUCUUUUUUACCAUUAUUUUCCCAGCCGUGCUAAUUCAAUUCAAUUCAAAUCAAUUUAAUACUAUUUAAUACUAUUUAAUACUAUCCAAUCCUACCCAAUCCAAUUCAAUCCAAUCCAAUCCAUUCCCUCCCAUCCCAUCCCAUCCCAAUCCAUUCCCUCUUUCUUUGCCUUUAUUACCUUCUCUUUCCCUCAAUUUAAAUUCCACACCCGCUUUGCUUUGCGAAAUGCCCAUCAAAUACUUCUUCCUUGUCAGCCGCCAGGGCAAGCUGCGCAUGGCCAAGUGGUACACGACAACAAGCAGCAAACAGAAGCAGUCCACAAUCAAGCAAAUCACCAACCUCGUUCUCACACGCAAACCGACCAAACAGUGCAAUUUCAUCGAACACAACGAUACCAAAGUUGUCUACCGCAAAUACGCCUCGCUUUAUUUCAUCUCUGGCAUUGGUUUGGAUGAUAACGAGCUCAUCAUGCUCGAAGUCAUCCACCGGUAUGUUGAAGUGUUGGAUCGCUUUUUUGGGAAUGUUUGUGAACUGGAUCUUAUAUUUAACUUUCAAAAGGCCUAUUUUGCUUUGGAUGAGAUGGUUAUGGCGGGAGAGGUGCAGGAGAGUAGCAAGAAGGUGGUUUUGAGGUGCUUGACCCAGCAGGAUGAAAGGGAGGCUGUGGAGAAUGCGGAGAGAGGAUGGGGCGAUGUUAAUUUGGAGGGGGUUGCGAGAACCGCCCUGUUGAGUGUGCAGGAGCUCAAGCAGGCCUUUACAAGAUAAUGAAAUUAGAAUUCUCAUUUUUUAAAUGUACUCUUUAAAAAAAAACGUCAAUAAAUAGGAAAUAUAUAAAAA